AUGAGUUUCCAAAAGAAGUGUAACAAAGCAUAUGCUGAUACACAGAGCGCCAUGGAUUCAUUGGUAGAUAUCGUAUCGAAGACUUCUGUAAACUUGGAGAAUAAGUUAAGGUUCCUGAAAGAGCAGAAGCAACACUACUCUGGAAUAAGACGCAACCUAGUGGAUUAUGACAAAGACAGCUACGAUGACAAUGAAGACGGCAACAAAAGAGGACUUGUGUUUGGAGAAAUCAUCAUUUCCUCAAAAAUAUACCUAAAUAUUGGGUACGAGUACUUCGUGGAGAAGAGCCAGCUUGAGGCUAUUGAUUUCAUCACCGAGAAAUUGCGUCUCAUAGAUGAAGCCGCUGCGCGCUUCGAAGGGAAAAUUCAAGAGGCCAAGGAAACGCUCAAGAACCUUAAGGAAGCCCAGAAAUUAGAGGAAGAUCAGGCAUCGUCAGACAAUCAAGAUUCGUUCCCGAAUCCGUCUGAAAACGAAGACGGCCUGCCAUUCAUGGAGAUCAGGGAAGACUUGGACGAAGAGGGAAACAUUUUGAGCAGUUCCGUGAACCCAACCGCCACCGCGCAACCUUCAAACCCGCGUAUUGAAGAAAUAAGUGAUGAAACAGAAACUGUUGUUAGCGGCAAGCGGGCCACAGGAGAUGCAGAACCUAGCAUUCAUAACGCACGCUUUGACAAGGGCUUUGACAAGGACUUCGAGCACCGCGUUCGCGAUAAAACAUUGAAAGAUUCUACAGAAUUCAGAGAGAAAGAUGAAGCGAAAGCGGCCUCUGAGCCGUCGCCUAUUGUAAAGGACGUGGAUAUAGAAGAUCUGAACAUCAAAGGGCCUAAUAUCAAGAAACAUGGGCCCGCCAUCGAACCGGGCGAUAUUUACACAUUUGACGAUAUUGUUGCACAACUAGAGAAAGAAGAUGGAAUCGAGGGUGGAGACAUUAAGGAUGAAGAUAUACAUUACGACUUUGAUUCCUACAACCAUAAAAGCCUGCUGAAUGAUUCAGAAAGCGAAGAAGAUGAAGACGAUUACGAUGACUAUGAUGAAUCUUCUAUGCCCUCUAUAAUUCCUGGCUUCGCUCAAAGGAGGUUUUUGGAUCAAAUUAACCAUUUAAGAUCUCAAAAACAGCAGCCCCAGCAGCCUCAGGAGCCUCAGGAGCCUCAGAAGCUUCAACGCCCCUCACAGGUCCAACAUGUCAGUGAAACUGUGAAAACUAAGUCAAUCUUGAAAAAAGACAAGGGCGCUAAAAAAGCUUCUAAGAAAGUUGGAUUUGCCCCUACGCUUGAUGUUCACGAGAUCGAAAGUGUCAAACGUGAGACAAAAGCAAACACAUAUAUAGCCUCGCCAUUUGCAGCACAAUCUAGCGUUGAGGAUAUUACUCAUGCUGAUGCAGAUGAAGGCUUCGAUGCGGAUCUGUUCGCUCAGCUGAUUGGGGCCAAAGAUUCCAAUGAGGUUCAUGAGAAAUAUGAAAAGGAGAUAGAACAACAACCGGCAAAGAGAAAGCCCAAGGUUUCACGAUUCAAGAAAGACAGGAAUCCCUCGGCUGCAGUGGAAAGCACAAAAUUUGCAACAAAUAAAGAAGUGCAGAAUCCAAUUAACGGCCAAGCAGUUGAAGACAUUAUGGAGAGGGACCCUGAAGCCGCUGAGCGGGUGACGCAAGUCACCAAGGAUUUUUCUAGAGUAAGGCUGGAUAACUCCGGACCUGUUACCGGUGUCUUGGAAAGAGACAGCGAAACGGACGCGCCAUCAUCACCAAGUAGCGGCCUCUCUGCCACAAAUAUUCCGAGGAAUUCGGAAGCCCUAGCCAACAAAGCUUCCAAUCCAGGUUGGGACUCAAAAUUCAAGAAGAAUCUUAGCUCCCUGCAGAAACCUGUAAAGAGGCGGCCAGCCAAGGAAAAACUACCAGAGUUGCCCGAACAGGAGGAGAUAGAAACAACAGAGCCCAAGGGGCUAGAAUCACGCCCUGUUUUGGAGAAACAAGACCAGCCACAAGCAUUCCCAAAGGAAAUCAAUGCUGCUGUCAACAACAACCCUUCUGAAGUGGUUCAAAACCCUCAUGUCGAUUUCCACAAGCUCGGAGAAGAUCUUGAUGAUAUGGCCCGUGCAUAUCUUCUUGGGCUAUACAACAGCGAUGUCGAGGACCCAGGCGCUGUUCUCGAGAAGCUGGGUGACUUGAACUCUUACAAUAAAGAAGUCGAAACUCUUAAGGGCGAGAUAUCAACUUUUCUAAAAGAAAACCCACUCGCGACAGUCGAUGAGGCUUCUGGCGCCGAUGAUGAUGAGAAAGGGCCCAUUAUGACUGAUGUAGUGGAGAAAGAGGUCGAGCUACCAUCUGAUUACGACGAAGUGGAUGUUGAACUGAGCUCGGAGGCUUUGAAUCACAGCGUGGCUGUUGAGUACCAUAGACUAAGGGAAAGAAUGAUCGCGUCCCAAGGCACGAUUGAGAGGUCCCCAGAGGAGCUUCAACUCGAAGCUAUAGACGAAUAUGGAAACCCAAUCAGAACAAGCAAGUUCAAGGCCAACAAACUUAGAAUCGGCACUGAUGAAAAUCAUGGUUAG